AUGAUUGCUAGGGAUGUUAAGAUGACCAAUGCUGAGGUGGUUAGUUAUGCUGAGGUAUUGGAUAAGGCACUCAAAGCAAAAUACUUGGAGGAUCGUAUAUGGAAGGAUGGUACUGUCAGAAGGGAGGCCAACAGAAACAAGGGCUUCCAUGAGGGCAAUAAGAAGAAAGCUAAUAAAGGGCAGAGUAGUGGCACUGACAAGAAGCCUAGAACCCUGGCCACAAACAACAACAAUCACAACAGUUAUAACCACCACAACAACUGCAACAAUUACAAUAAUGAUCGUAACCGCGGGAAUCACCAAAACAACAGAGUUGAGCACCCCAGCUGCCCUAAAUGUUCACGACGACAUGUGGGAGAAUGUCAGACCAGCACCAACAAAUGUUAUAGGUGCAGUCAGGUAGACCAUCUGAGGAAAGAUUGCCCGCAGUGGAAAGUGGGACAGAGUAGUAAUAGCAACCUAGUAGUCCUUAUUGAUUUUGGUGCAACUCACUCUUAUGUUGCUAUAAAUAUGAUUGAUAAAUUGGGUAUUCCUUGUAAACUAUUUGAGGAUAGUGUUAGUACAAUGUUAUCGUCAGGAGACAUGGUGUUGUCAACUAGCUGGUUACAGUCAGCACCUAUAGCAAUAGAGGGUAGGGAGUGCCUGAAAGAUCUUAUAGAAUUAGACAUACCAGACAAUGAUGCCAUAAUUGGCACGGAUUGGUUAUCCAAACAUGGAACGACGAUUGACUGUCGAAAAAAGAUCGUGGAGUUCAGACCAGAAGAAGGAGAAAUCUUUUCUUUUAAGGGAGAAAUGGUGGGCUUUUGUACACCCAUAAUAUCGGCAUUGGAAGCCCAAAAUAUGAUGUAG